AUGCUCGAGUGCGAGAUGGUCGUCAACAAGACACUGCCGGCUUGUGUCGCCUUCCACAAGCCUUCAUUCUUGCAACAGCUCAAGAACACCAUGCUUGACCCGGCCAUGGUUAAUGCACUCCUCACUACUGCCGCUCGCCAUUCGCCGGUUAUGAUUCGCCGAUAUGGAGCUCAUGGGGGAGGUGCCACUGCUGCCGCAGAGCAUUUCGCGGCCAAGACUAUCGGCACGAUUAUGCAGUCUCUGGACCAUCCCAGCUUGGCUGAUAUCCAAGCCCUGUGCCUGCUCGUUAUUCAUGAGUGGGGAUCACGCAACGCUGUGCGCGCUUACAUCUAUCUUGGUCAAGCGGCACGAAUGGCUCAGAUGUACCGUGUCGUACAUACAAGCCACGGGCAAUCCGACCCCGAUCGCUUCCUCCAGGAGGAGUCUUUUCGCCGUGCUAUGUGGCUCAUCUACAUUUUGGACUGCUUCCUGACCAGCAGCCCCGGUCGGUUCCCAGCUUUGUCGGCCCGCGAUGUCAGCGAUGUUGCCUUGCCUUGUCAGGAUAUGAACUACAACUUUGGCAGCCCCGUGUUUGUCCGAACCCUGAGUGGAAUUGCCCCCUCCAAUGCUCCGGACCCGAACAGUCUUGCCGAGGUCGGCGAAUUCGGCCAUAUUGUCCUGGCUACCAAGGCUUGGCGAAAUGUUAUUGAGAUGAUGACUACAACGACCCUUGAGACUUUCUCUGAAGAGGAAUGCAUUCAGCUUGAAGAUGGGCUUGACGCUAUCCGCCAGUCCCUGCCCCAUCAUUUCGCGGACAAGCCUGGACAGAUUAAUCUGCACAUCACUAUGGGUAGCGGCUAUGUAUUUGCCAUGAUUCAUUGUCUUCUGCAUUGCGCAACCAUCUUCGUCAAUCGCCGCCGCAUUCUGCAAAUGGUCACUGCGGAGAAUUUCAGCCAGGAGGCAUGGCGCAUGGCUCCCCAUAGCCAAGCUCAGACGGUGGAUCGCAUCUUCGCCGCCUCUCAUAGCAUCAUCGCGAUGCUCGCGGCACUAGAGCAUGGUGCAGACAAGAACGCGAUUCUGUGUUUUCCAAUCUUCAUGCUUUUCUCUGCAUUCACCGCCGGUUCAACAGUGGCUUAUCUCGCCCUGAAGGGACUAUCUCCGCCCAAUGUGAAUGAGACUGCGACUCACAUAGUACGUGAUAGUCUGCGCUACAUGCACGAUGGUGCUGAGUCGUGGCCUUUGGUUAUUCCCUGGAACCGUCAUCUUAGCGUGAUGGCUAAGGUUCUGCGCGAGGUCAACAACCAGGGCGAGCGGGCUCAGUCUCGCGAAGACAGCAGGGUGCCAGUGCAAGGAUCUCCAUCGGUUAAGGACGAUAUCACAAGCCAACCUGACACGAACCCUGAUGCUAUGGAGUAUGAUCAAGCUCCUCCUCCGCCAGGUUCUCAGCAAGGCAUUCCCACACCUCAGAUGGAGGGACGCGGCAGUGAGCCUCCAAUCCCUAGGCGUCCUGGUGUCACUACAAUCAAUGGUGGCUCUGCAGGUGCAUCCACCCCCGCCGACGGCACGCCACCCCCAGCGAACAAUAACUCGGGCCCGAAGAUGGAGUCGCCAGACCCUACCUCAUCCUCGUCUGCAACUGGUGGACAGCCUCCUGUAGCGCCUCAACAAGCAGGCGGAGAGGUAGACAUGACUGCCGCCGAACUGUGCGCUGCUUUCGAGCGCCAGCUUCUAGAGCUCGAUGACCUGGCGGCUUUCAUGGGAGGUGGAGUGUGA